AGAGAAAUACACACCAGAAGGGGGGGGGGAAAUACUACGUCGUUUAGCUAAAGGAAGUGAAAAGAUACUGUCCACAUUAAAAGAAGAACUUCACAAACAUCAACACGAAGGUCUGCAGUUCAGCAUUUCGCAGGUCUUCAAAAUGAUUGCUUUUGUGCUACUUAUGGCUUUUGUCUUGCCUCAAAGUCACUCAGUGGAUUUAAACACUAAGCCUUGUCUGCCAGCGAGGUACAACAACGCUCAUAAUGUUUUCCUCAAGCGCCAUAUUCCCGAGGGGGUGCCAGAAACGGGGGACAAUAACGCCUGGGAAACUUUCCUGAAGAAAAUUAAAACGUGUGGCAGACCGACGCAGUCGUUCUUCCGUAACAGCGAUAAACAGCGGGUUGAAAAUGUGUGUUCAAAGGCCGGGGGUAAGACCCUUUCCGGUAACCUGUGUAUCAGUAAAGAGAAAUUCUCCUUCGUAACGGUGCGGAUCGAUGCCGAGGGCGCGUGUGGGAUCAGAAACAUCCGCAAUGAGACCAAAUACAUCAUCCUCGCCUGUGAACAGAUAGGAGACGCCUGUCAACCCGUUCAUUUCGAAGGAAACCCAGAAAGCACAGCGCCAAGCAAAAACCAGCUGGACUGCGGCUCUAAAGGGAGCUCGGGGACUAAAACUACCGUGAUAAAUGUGUUUACUCCUCUGUUUACUUCGGUAGUGAUGCUUUACAAUUUGUAAGAGGCAGAACUAUAUUUUUACUGCUACUUCAGUAUGUUAAAAAAGCAUGCACUUCUUUGUUGUGUUUAUAUUUGUUUUUUAACAUUUGUUAUAAUAACAUAAGGUUUGUAUUCAUAUUUGUGCAUACAAUAAAUCGACAUAUUGGAAAGCUGUUACCUCAAAAACUGAAUUAUUUAAUGGCAUGACAAUGAAUUGCACGGACCUUAUUCCAU